CAUUUCCAAAAAUCAGUCCAUCCCAUGAAUUUUCUCCGCCCAUAAUACUAUAUUUUUAUCUGAAGGCUGUGAAGGCCUAUAAUAUUCAUAAAGUUUAUGGUUAUCGCGUAAUAGACUAGGCAGAUUUAGCUGAUUUGAUUUGUAACAAGUUUGUCUUCCCGGGGGGAGAGGUUGGGGUGACUGGAGAGUGGAGACGGGUGAGUGGACUGUGUUGAUUGUUGUGCUUAGAGACAGGCAAAGGUACCAUGAGGAUCUGGCAGUGCAGACGAGCCCUGGGGGCAGUAUGGGAGCCAAUAUUCAGCCCAGCAUCCACUUUCUCACAGCCAGACCCCCCCGGGAGGCACAUGUCCAGCUAUUAUCCUUUACCUCAACAGCCAGUUCCUCCAUUGAAUCAGACAUUGGAUAAAUACCUCAUGGCAUUGCGUCCUCUUGUUAGUGAAGAAGAACUGGAGUACAGCAUGAAGCAGGUGAAGGAAUUUGGGAAGUCAGGUGGCAUUGGAGAGAUACUACAAGAGCACCUGGAGAAAAGAGCAAGAAAGAUGCCUAACUGGAUCACUGACUGGUGGCAGCAGUCUGCCUACCUAGAAAACAGGCUCCCCCUGGCAGUACACUCCAAUCCAGCAGUAGUAAUUCCAAAGCAGGACUACAACGACUGGCGAGGACAGCUGAGGUUUGCAGCCAAGCUUAUUGCUGGAGUGUUGGAUUUCAAAAAUAAAAUUGAUACCCAUACUCUGGUUGUGGAAUACAUGAGGGGAAAGCCACUCUGCAUGGAUCAGUAUAGCAAGAUUUUCUCUUCAUGCCGAGUUCCAGGCCCCAAGCAUGAUAGCAUACUGCAGCACGGGCGAUCCCGAAGAGGACCUACCCACAUUACUGUAGUACGCAACUUUCAGUUUUUCAAGCUGGAUGUCUACAACAGUGAUGGUUCCCCUCUCACUGUAGAUCAAAUACACAUGCAGUUACUGAAGGUUCGAAGCCAUUCCUGGAAAACUGACAAGGAGCCCUUAGGAGUACUAACCAGUGACCACCGCAACACCUGGGGCCAGGCUUACAACACCCUCAUGAAAGACAAACUGAACCGGGACUCUGUGCGAGCCAUUCAGAGCAGUAUAUUUACCAUUUGCUUGGAUGCUUCUGUUCUCAAAUUCUCUCAAGAAAAGUAUACCAGCCGUAUUGCAGCCCAGAUGCUGCAUGGUGGGGGAAGCUACUCAAACAGUGGCAAUCGCUGGUUUGACAAGACAUUGCAGUUCAUUGUUGGAGAAGAUGGCUCAUGCGGUUUGAUUUUUGAGCAGGCUACAGCAGAGGCUCCUCCCAUCGCUAAUAUCCUUGACCAUGUGCUGGAUUACUGCGAGAACCCAGAAACUAUAAGAGCUCCCAUGAUACCAUUGCCUUUGCCACAGAAGCUUUACUUCUAUAUUACUCCUGAGAUCAAGCGUGACAUUGAGCAUGCCAAACAGAAUCUGGAUAUAUUGAUCAAUGACUUGGACAUCAGCUGCUUCAUUUUCCGAAACUUUGGGAAGAGUUUUCCAAAAAAGAAUGACUUGAGUCCUGACUCCUUUAUCCAGGUGGCUCUACAGCUAGCUUAUUUCAGGAUGUAUGGUGAAUUGUGUGCCACCAAUGAGAGUGCAUCACUGAGGUGGUUCCAUCUUGGGCGCAGUGAAACUGUGCGCUCUGCCACAGUGGAGGCUCUGGAGUUUGUGAUGGCAAUGGAAGAUACGGAAAAGGAGGUGGACAUAAAGCUGGCAUUGAUGAGGAAAGCAAUUGAUGCCCACAGCAAAUGCACCGAAGAGGCUCUUCUGGGCCAAGGCAUUGAUAGACAUCUGCUGGGGCUUAAACUGCAGGCCAUAGAAGAGGGAAUAAGUAUACCAAAGAUUUUCAUGGACACUUCAUACGCUGUUGCAACACACUGGAAAAUCCUUACUGGUCAGGUAUGA